AUGGAAGUUAGGAAUCAUCCUGACAUCCCAGAAGGAGCUUGGGACACGCAUAUUCACGUGUUUGACCCUCAAAAAUGGCCCUAUGCGUCGAAUCGGCGAUACACUCCCGCUCCAGCAUCUUUAGAUCAGUAUCCACACCGUUCCACAGGUUGUACGAACUUGGUCAUCGUGCAUGCUUCUAUGCAGGGAUCUUCGCCUGCUCCACUUGUAGACGCUCUCGGUCACAAAGGACAUAUUCAGGGACAGACGCUGCGUGGACUUGCGACACUCGAUUUCGAGCGUUUGACGGACGACGAUCUUGACAGGCUCCAUGCAGCCGGCGUCCGGGGCACGAGGAUGCAUCUUAUGACUGGCCAGGCGGACAUCUCUCCAGACAGUGUUUCCAAGUCUAUCGAGUCCAUUGCUCCACGACUUGGGCGACUGGGAUGGGUUCUGGAUCUCUUCAUGCCAUUGUCGACGUGGGCUGGCAUGGCCGAGUUUUUCUCCAGACUCGACCCGCGGAUCAAGGUCGUCGCCGACCAUUUUGGCGCAGCACGUCCAGGGGACGAGGACAAGCCGGAGUUUAAAUCCUUCUUGGACCUCGUCUCAGAGCGGGUCUACGUCAAACUUGCGGCCUUUGAAAGGUUAUAUGGUGCUCAUCCCGACGGUGUUGACAGCCUCGCACCUGUCGCCGAGGCCAUCAUCAAAGCUGGACCAGACAGGAUCAUGUAUGCAAGUGAUUGGCCGCACACUCAGUUUUCGUCCUACCGCAGACACAAGACACCGGAGGAAAUCCUCAACGACGUGGAGCCAUUUCGGCAUGUUGCCAACGAGGCGCACAUUGCGAAGCUAAGAACGUGGGUCAAGAAGGACGAUGUGUGGAGAAAGUUAUGGGUCAACAACCCUAAUUCAGUGUUUCAAUGA